AUGACAGUUCCUUUCCCGCCAGCUGGACACGUCGAAGACUCGCAGAAGCGCGUGCGCGUGCUCUUCAACAAACACUUCAUCGUCGACUCCAAGAAAGCAAAACUGGUUUGGGAGCACCAGCACUACCCCAGCUAUUUCUUUGCGGCAUCCGAGGUCCCUACGAAAUACCUCCAACAACCGGCAAAGUCGAAGCCAGAUACAUACGACAUCGUUGUCGACGGCAAACGAGCCGAAGGGGCGGCCGUUGUAUACACGGAUGGCGCUUUUAAAGGCCUGGUGAAGCUGGUUUUCGGUAAGAUGGAUGCAUGGUUCGAAGAGGAUGAUCAGAUAUUCGUGCAUCCCAAGGAUCCCUACAAGCGUGUCGACGUCUCUCAGUCGUCCCGCCAUGUUCGCGUAGAAGUCGACGGAGUGGAGGUAGCGAACACUACCAAACCCCGGCUGCUAUUCGAAACCGGCCUCCCCGUGCGCACCUACAUUCCCAAGACGGAUGUUCGGACCGACCUCCUGGAACCGACAGACUUAACUACGGCAUGCCCUUACAAGGGAGUGGCGAACUACUACAGCGUCGUCCUACCCUCAGGAGAGAGGCGAGAGAACAUCGUCUGGUGGUACCGCACACCCCAACUUGAAUGCGCCGAGAUCAGAGGAUUCGCGGCUUUCUAUGACGAGAAAGUGGACGUAUGGGUUGAUGGAGAGAAGGUGCAGAGGCCAAAGUCGGUCUUCUCAUGA